AUGGCUUUCAAGUUUGUGGUACUCGCGUGCUUCGUUGCAAGCGCCUGCGCCGGCGUCGUCCCAGCAGCGCCAGUGGCAUACGCUGCCCAGGCUUACCAUGCCGCCCCAGUGGCAUACGCCGCCCCCGUGGCGAAGGUGGCCGCCCCCGUGGCGUACGCCGCCCCCGUAGUUAAAGCAGUAGAGGAAUACAACCCCCACCCACAGUACACCUUCGCAUACGAUGUGCAGGACGGCCUCACCGGCGACUCCAAGACCCAGCACGAGACCCGCGAUGGAGAUGUUGUGCACGGCUCAUACUCAGUGGUGGACCCUGAUGGCACCAAGCGCACUGUAGAGUACACCGCCGACCCGCACAACGGCUUCAACGCGGUCGUGCACAAGGAGCCGCUCGCGCACGUCGCUAAGGUGGCUGCUCCCGUGGCCUACGCCGCCCCCGUUGCCAAGCUCGCCGCCCCUGUCGCCUACGCCGCAGCUCCCGUCGCCAAACUCGCCGCCCCCUUGGCCUACGCUGCCGCUCCUGUUGUCCACUCCGCUCCGUUAGUUCACUCUGCCCCCACGUAUUACCACCACUAAAUAUCUAAGUACUUAUACAACUUUUCAUCAAUACAU